CUGCGCCUGGACGUGCGGGUGCUGGACGAGAACGACAACGCGCCGCGCUUCGCGCAGCGGGAGUACCGCGCCCGCGUGCGGGAGGACGCGCCGCCCGGCACCGCCGUCUGCCGCCUGCAGGCCGCCGACCCCGACCUGGGCGCCAACGGCGAGGUGCACUACGCCCUGGACCCGCGCCACGGCGACCCCGAGGGCUACUUCGCAGUGGACGAGCGCACGGGGGUGCUGCGCCUGCAGCGCCCGCUGGACCGCGAGGCCCGGGUGCUGCAUCGCCUGGUGGUGCAGGCCCGGGAUGGCGGCACCCCGCCUGAGGCCACCAGCGCCCUGGUGAGCGUGGUUGUGCUGGACGUGAAUGACAACGCACCCGCCAUCCGCCUGCUCUUCCUCACCGAGACCGGCGGGCCGCGGCUGUCGGAGGGGGCCCAGCCCGGCGACUAUGUGGCGCGGGUGGCAGUGUCUGACCCUGACGAGGCGGGCGCGGGCAGCGCGGCACUUGCGUUGGAGGAUGGCAGCAACGGGGCCUUUGUGCUGCGGCCUGGUGGCCGUCCCGACCUCUACUGGCUCUGUGUGCAGGGCCCGCUGGACCGGGAGCGCCAGGCCCUGUAUGAGCUGCACCUGGUGGCUACGGAUGGUGGGCAGCCGCCACGCUCCACCCGCCGCGCACUGCGCCUGCAGGUGGCUGACCUCAAUGACGAGGCACCCACCUUUGAGCAGCCCCACUAUGGCACCACUGUCUCUGAGGCUGCCAUGCCUGGCACUGCCGUGCUUCACCUCCGCGCCACCGAUGCAGAUGAGCCUGGCUCACCCAAUGCCCAGGUGCGCUAUGCCUUGGAGGAAGUGGAUGGCCUGGGCACACCAUUGGUGCUGGAGCUGUUCACCAUUGACCCGCUGAGUGGUGUGCUCAGCACCCGGCGCCCGCUGGACCGUGAGCGGCAGGCGGUGCUGGAACUGCGCGUUGUGGCCCGGGACCUGGGCGAGCCCCCACUGUCCUCUUCCUGCCUUGUCAGCAUCCGCCUGGAGGAUGUCAAUGAUAAUGAGCCUGUCUUCGAGCGGCAGGUGUACAACGCCAGCCUGGCUGAGCAUGCUGGGCCCGGCCACUGCCUGCUCCAGGUACCUUUCCCCCCUCCUCCUGGGGCGCAAGGGUUUGCCUUGGAGUGGGAGAUAGUGGGGGAGUGCUGCCCCCUCUGCCCUGCCCAGCUCCCUGCCUCAGCUGGGCUGAGGGAGGAGGGAGAGGUGAGGGUGAGCCAGCUGGGCUUUAACCGUGGUUCCCCCUGCACUAUAAGACAAGGCAUUAAUUGGCAAACUAAAUGCUUAUUUCCCCCUUGUAACAAUUACUCGUGAUGCCUCCUGCAUCAUAAGAAGGGCCAUUCACUGGGUCAGCCAUCCAGGGCCAGUGUGCUUUUGGUGGCCCCCCUCAGUGCACUCCUUAUGGACCUAUGACCUUCACUCUGACCCAAGUUUUGCUCUUUUGUUGUCCCAGAUAAUCAGGUGACACAUAUCCAAUAGCUCCCUCUGUUAACAGGUGGGGUUAACAAUUGCUCUUUGGGCCUAAGAAUCAUGUCCUCAAUUUGUGUCAAUUUGGCCUGUGUUACAGGGCCAGGGCCAGUGAGCACUGCCCAGCGUGCUCUGCUUGGUGUCCCCCUUGGUGCACUUGUUUUGAAUCUUUGACCUUCACUCCUAUUCCCAUUUUGUGUUUUUUUUCAGUUGUCCCAAGCAAUCACUGAUGUGCCCUUAGUGGCCUGCUUUGUCAAGGGAGGCUUAUAUCUUUACUUGGUGGGCUUUGGCUCAUGAUCUGAAAUGGCACAUGGAAAGGCCUGUGUCACAUGAUGGCAGACAGCAAAUGCUGAAAGGGAGAGCAAACUGCGUAUGAUCAGGGGGUUUUCCACUGUUCCUCUCACUUGCAGCAUCCAGCAUUUAAGAUCUAGCAAGCUCUGAUUCGAAGGCUUAAUCCCUAAUUUCCAUGCUCAGUAGCUACCAGUGCUCCUUUCUUCCAAGAAUUUUUCCAAUCCCUUUUGGAUCUGGCUAAAACUGGUGGCUUUCACCACAUCUGAUGGCUGUGUCCUACCUGGUAAAUACACUGAGCAGUGUAGGCAGCGUACAGCCUGACCCUAAAGUGACACUAAACCUGUUGCUCAUUUCAGCUCCCUCAUGGUUCUGCUCUCCGAUUUUUGCCCUCUUGCCCUGUCCCUGAAAAUGUUGUUUGAUUGAUUGGGGGCCAAUCUUCUUGGAAGGCAUGCCAUAAAUUAAACCAUAUGCCUUCCCUGAGGGCCCUUCCAAUCCCCUUUCUCCUGCAUAAUCUGCUGCUCUGCUUUCUGCUCCCUUCCUCAUUUGCCCCAUGCCACACACAGUGAACUGGAGUGCCAUGGGUGCUAAGGCAUGAAGUUGACAGCCUAGAGAUUACUAGUUUAAGGCUGCAGCAGAAGCAUUCCCACUGCAGCCUGUCAAACUCCAAUGAACCAACAAAUUCUACUAAUUACCAUGUCACAAGGACACAUAAAAGCAAGGAUCCCACACAGAUGUUGCUUAUGCCAUUUCUGGCAUGUUGUUCAUGUUUAGUUUAAUGCAUCCUGCAAAGCCUGCAUUGAAUAAAAGAGCUCAGCCCAAUGUGCUUGGCUAAAUGGUGAGUCUGCUGCACCAUAGGUUUGUAAAGCAAUUAAAACAUUUUUGAUUUUUGGGUUUAUAAAACUUCUCUCCACAUGGGACUGAUACAUAGACACAGAGGCCCACAUUGUCAUAAAUAUUUAGGUGCCCAAAUCAAAUUAAAAUCAGUAGGGAGUUAGGAUCCUACGUAGGAGUUAUGCACCUCAGGAUGCAUCUACACGCGUGCUUUAAUCCUCAGUAGC